UUCAAUUAGUUCGGAUUGACGAUGGUGCCUGCUGACUUCUCCGACUGGAGGAAUAUUGAGCUGAAGAACAGAAAAAGAAGAAGAUGCUGUAGUGUAAGAUGCCUCAAAGCGCCAAUGCACAUGUUUACAUUCUUUUAUUGGUUGAGUGGCGUGGCUCUGGUGGUAGUGGGAGCCUGGACACUAUUGUUUGAGAGCCGUUAUAAUGUGCUUCUGGGAAGCUCGUGGUUUCUAAUAAUAGUCGGUCUUAUGAUUGGUACUGGAGGUCUCAUCAUGAUUGUAUGCAUCUGUGGCUGCUAUGGGAUUGUCAAAGAACACAGAUACUCGCUUAUUUCGUUUCUGAUCUUGUUGACGUUAAUCUUUAUAAUCGAAUGCUCAAUUGGAGUUACAGCAUUCGUACACCGAUCUUACAUUGAAGAGAAUUUAGAUAAAUCCGCACUUGAUAGAAUGAAUGAGUAUGGUAGCUCAGAUGAUGUUAAGGAUUCUUUUGACGAUCUUCAGCAAAGGCACAUGUGUUGUGGCAGUAGUAGCUAUUCAUCGUGGAACAACUCUACUUGGAAACAGAUGCCUGAGAACCAGAAUUUGUCAGUGCCGAAUUCGUGUUGCAAGACAAUUACACCUGCCUGUGGAAAGAGGGACCACCCCUCCAAUAUUUACCAUGAGGGCUGCAUUUCAAAGUUAAGCGUGUUCUUCCGGGACCAUGUUUUUGUUCUGGGAUUCAUAGCAUUGGUUUUAAGCGCUAUCCAGUUAACUGGGAUCAUUCUCUCCUCGUGUAUGAUCCGCCUGGUGGAAUAUUAGUGAAUGGUUUAAAACUAAUAGCCUCAUGUACCAUGGAUACCAGAGUAAGCGAGAAUCGAUUAAAUCAUUUACAGAACGGCUGCGAUGUCAACUUCAAUUAACUAUUCAACCGCCUUCAAGAACUGAAAUAUUUACCAAGAUAACGAAGACUGAUCGUGACUAUGUACUCAGUUCCUCUGGCAGACAGAGGAGUGAGGGAGGGUGAGACUUAAUGAGUUGAAAGCUUCAGUGCAAAAGGCUGAGUGACCACUGUGGGCACGACUUCCUUCAAAAUGGUUUGGUCUCAUAAAGUCAAGUUUAAAGCCAUCAUCAUCAUCAUUGCCAUCCUAGCCAUGUGUAUCCGAGUUUGAGCGUAGAUCAUCAUUAUAAUCGACAGCUUCAACUGAACACGAUUCUGUGUCACUCUUAUUUCUUUCAUCUCAGUUUCCACACCUCUGCCUCGUGUAUAUGCUAACGAUUUAGCGUAUUGUGUCGUCCAAAAGGUUAACACUUGACGUUGAAGUUCAUGUUAAAUCUUCCCUAGAUCAGUACACAAGGCUACCCCAACCUUCAAUUGUGUUUCGGUUCAUGUUGAAUCUUCCCUAGAUCAAUACACAAGGCUACCCCAAUCUUCAAUUGUGUUUCGGAUUAAGACGCAUACUGUGUGAAAGAGAACAUGUUGUUUAGUCUUGCGAGCCCGGCUUAUGGCUUAUCCUAAUGUCUGUCACAUGAGGUUACAUGGAGUAUGGUUACUCCUCCAGGACAGGGAGGCCACUCCAUCCCGGCUCCUUGUCAAGUCUUCUUGAAAGUUUGCCGGCGCUCAUUUAUAUCCCUCUGGAAGACAAGGGCCGGGCACUUUGGGAGUUCAAACAAUAACCACAAGCUUAAUAACCACUUCAUUUACUUUAUAUACUUUGACUUUAAUAACUCAUAAUAUGUGGAUUAAGACCUCGCUGAAGGGUAGACAUGUCUUGAAUUUCCUCUUUUAAAUGAACAAGCAAGAGGUGACAUGCACUGACGGACAUGUGUUGUGAAAAUAAAGAGCUGUAAUUUCUUGUUGACCUGAUCCUUCAGGGUAACUGAGAAGGAAUACGGCAGUGGUAGUAUCCCAUGUAAUUAAGGCACUGGACACAGUCAUGCUUAUAGGCUGAGGAGAGCGUUGAGACAAUCGAGAAUAAACCUUUCGGUUUCGUUUCGAUUAAAGCUGGCCAAUGGGCGUACUUCGUCAGUG